GUGCUCGGGCUGGGCAUGCUCAACGAGAAGCUGCGGCGCGGCAAGCGGUUUCGGGCGCGCGCGCUCUCCUUCGACAACCACCACAUCUACCUACGCUUCCGCGACCGCGAGGAGGAGGCGGCGGCCGCGCGCGCGCCCAAGCCGCCGACGUGGCGGAGAUCCAACACCAUGAGCGAGCUGCCGGCGGACCGGCGGACGGCCCGCCAGGCCGCCGAGCGGCACUACCCGACGCGCCGCUCGCCGCUGAGCCGCCUCUCGCCUCUCGGCCGCCGCUCGCCCGACAAGCGGCGCACCGACGACACGGCGUCGCUCAUCUGA